AAUAUUAUCCUUUAUUAGAAGUCAAAGAAAAGAAUGCAUUUGCUAACUUAUCCAAAGAUAUUUGUAUCUCUAUUGACAAUUUGAAUUCCUAUACUUAUAAAUUAAUUACCACUAAUGCUAGUCCACAAGAUGAUAAUCAAGUUCAUAAACAAGAAUCUGUUAUAAUUAAUUCAAAUAAAUUUCUACUGAAUUCUGUCAAUAAUAAUUAA